GUUAUUCCAAUGAUCGGGAGGAUCAGUGGCUCGAAAAUACACCUGAAAGUCUUGUCUGAAAGGCAAAGCUAGUGAUUGCUUGGGUAUAGGUAGGUGCUAUGAUAAGGGUCUCGAGCGGCCGGCCCCACUUUUAGGUCGCUAGUGUCCCAAUCGGGGAGAAACAUACACCUUCGGGGUGACUGUUGCUCCGUCUCCAGCCUAAUGUAUCUGGCAUCCUGUAGGUGAGUGCUUGUAGAAACCCAGUUCUGUUUACCUAGGUAGGAAUCAAGGAACUCAGUCGCGCAAAGACUCAGGGAGGCGGCGGACAAAUAUCUCGCAUGUUCACUAAUCUUUCGGUUCCGACAUCAUGGACGAAUUCCAAAGCCAGACCGAGAACGUAUCGAUGACACACCUUGGUUGUCGCAUGCUUUUUGCUCGCUGCCAGACCUGAGAGCAACAAUCGCUAUUUGACCUCUUGCGAGUAAAGCCCAACUCUCGUCUUCAUCAAGUCUACGCAUCAUGAAAGCACUCAUCACUACGAACAGUCUUUACUCCAGAGUCGCGAGCCUGACUCUCGGGAAAAACCUUACCGCGACCAGGGCCCAAUGGAAAGAGAUCUCAGUACCCGAGAUCUCAGAUAACGAGAUUCUUGUGAAAGUACACGCCGUGGCAUUGAACGCGACCGACUAUAAGCAUAUCGACGCUAUCUCUCCUCCCAACUGCAUUGUCGGCUGCGACUAUGCUGGCGAGGUUUCUAAAGUGGGAAAAGGUGUAGCCACGCUCUGGAAAGUCGGAGACAGAGUAGCUGGUGCCGUCCAUGGAGGCCUGUACGCGGAUCGAGGCUCAUUCGCCGAGUUUCUAAAGAUCGAUGGUGAUCUUGCCUGGAAGGUUCCCGACACGAUCAAUAACGCUGCUGCAACUACAUACGGUGUAUCGGCUGUUACGGCAGUGCUGGCUCUAUGUGGUCGUCUCGGCUUUCCUCACAUCGAGACACUGCUGGAGCCAAAUGAUAAGGACAAGAAGGAGGCUCAAACCAUUUUCGUGUAUGCCGGUUCAACUUCCGCUGGUCUCUCGACUAUCCAGCUGGCUAAAGCCUUUGGAUGCAAAGUUGUCGCAACGGCUUCGCCGCAUUCUUUCGACCUGGUUAAGAGCUAUGGUGCAGACGCUGUCUUCAACUACCGAGAUGCGAAUGUUGGUGCUGAGAUUUCAAACCUCUUCCCUAACAUCAAGAUCGCAGUCGAUUGUUUCUCGGAGGGCAAGUCAACAAAGAUCUGUGAUACUGUCAUUGGAAAGAAUGGUGGCCAAGUAAUAACUCUACUGCCCUCCUCGAAAUCGACCACACCGGCAAUCAAGCACGAGCUCAUCAUGGCAUAUACUUUAUUUGGCCACGAAUUCCAGUGGCUGCCGCCUAUUGGACCGAAGUUCCCCGCAAAGCCGUCUGAUCGUGAUUUACUGGUCCGGUUCUAUGCAGCCUUGCCACGACUAACGAAUCUAUUAAAGCCUCUUCCUAUCACGCGAGAGAUUGGCGGUAUUGAUGCUAUACUUCCUGGGUUGCAAAAGUUGCGCGAACAAAAGGUGUCCGGGAGCAAGUUGGUGAUUGAGUUAUAGCUGUGCUUUCGAGUAAUCAUGGGCGACGCGGACCCAGUAUCAAAUUUCCUUUCCACCUACCUUGACAUAUAAUGUUCCUUUCCUCCGCACAUUGUGUUCUACAAUGGCCCAAUAACUCCGAAUCGAUCCUUUUGUUGACGUACACUAAACCCAUUACAUAAUCAAGGCAUGCAAUCGUGGAUCCUUACUGAUGAGC